GAGCAGCUGUUGUCUGCACCUGGCCUGCCGCCCUGCCCUGCACCGCCCAGCGACCCGUCCUCACCAGCAUGAGCCGCCAAUUGACCCUUUACCCCAGCGGGGAGCGCCUGGGCUUCAGCGGCUGCUCGGCUGUCAUCUCUGGCAGGUUCAGCAGCAGUCCUGCCUCCUUUAGGGCCGGAGUCAAGAGCGCUGCCACCUUCGGUAGCAAGAGCCUCUUCUGCGUGGGGGGCGGCCGGCGCUUGGCGCUCAGUGCAGCAGCGCGGGGUGGCGGCUAUGCCCUGGGCCACCGGGGUGUGGGCGGCGGCCGCCCAGGCGGCUUCGUGGGCACAGUGUUUGGCAGCGCAGGGCUGGGGCCCACGUGUCCGUCCGUGUGCCCUCCUGGUGGCAUCCCCCAGGUCAUUGUCAACAAGAGCCUCCUGGCCCCCCUCAGUGUGGAGCUAGACCCCGAGAUCCAGAAGGUGCGCGCCCAGGAGAAGGAGCAGAUCAAGGUGCUGAACAACAAGUUUGCUUCUUUCAUCGACAAGGUGCGGUUCCUGGAGCAGCAGAACCAGGUGCUGGAGACCAAGUGGAACCUGCUGCAGCAGCUGGACCUGAACAACAGCAGGAAAAGCCUGGAGUCCAUUUAUGAAGCCCGCAUCAGUACCCUGCGGAAGCAGCUGGAGACACUUUCUGGAGACAGGGUGAGGCUAGACUCGGAGCUGAGGAGCAUGCGUGAUGUGGUGGAGGACUACAAGAAGAGGUACGAGGUGGAGAUUAACAGACGAACUGCUGCCGAGAAUGAGUUUGUGAUGCUAAAGAAGGAUGUGGAUGCUGCCUACAUGAACAAGGUAGAGCUCCAGGCCAAGGUGGACUCCUUGACAGAGGAGAUCAAAUUCUUCAAGGAUCUCUACGAAGGGGAGAUUGCUCAGAUGCAGUCCCAUAUCAGUGACACAUCUGUUGUCCUGUCCAUGGAUAAUAACCGGCAGCUGGACCUGGACAGCAUCAUUGAUGAGGUCCGUGCCCAGUAUGAGGAGACCACCCAGAAGAGCAAGGCUGAGGCCGAGGCCCUGUAUCAGGGCAAGAUCCAGGAACUGCAGGUUGCAGCAGGCCAGCAUGGGGACGACCUCAAGCUCACCAAGACAGAGAUCUCGGAGCUCAACCGGCUGGUUCAGAGGAUCCACUCGGAAAUAGGAAAUGUGAAGAAGCAGUGCUCCAGUCUGGAGACGGCCAUCGCUGACGCGGAGCAGAGGGGUGACUGUGCCCUUAAGGAUGCCCGGGCCAAGCUGGAUGAGCUGGAGGGCGCCCUGCAGCAGGCCAAGGAGGAGCUGGCCCGGAUGAUGCGCGAUCACCAGGAGCUCCUGAGCAUGAAGCUGGCCCUGGACGUGGAGAUCGCCACCUACCGCAAGCUGCUGGAGGGCGAGGAGAGCAGGAUGAUUGGUGAAUACCCAAAUUCUGUGAGCAUCUCUGUCAUCAGCAGCACCAAUGCAGGCGCAGGAGGGGCUGGCUUCAAUGUGGGCUUUGGCACCUCGACCAGUUACAGCUACAAACCUGUGGCUAUGGAGGUCAAGACUAAAGGCAGCUGUGGCGGCGAGCUCAAGGAUCCCCUUGCCAAAACCUCGAGCAGUAGCUGUGCAUCCAAAAAGGCUUCCAGAUGAUGGGCAGGUGGUGGCUGUGUGCGGAAGGCUGCAGAAGCCAUUCACCUCCUCCCUGUCCAUCCCAGAGUCCCCUUUCCAACCCAGGAAAUGCUUUGCCUGUCACCAUAAUCCCAGUCCUAUCUUCUCCCCUGUUGUCUUCAGUGGGGCCAUACUCUGAUGUGGGGAGGCUAGUUCCCUCUGUCCUGGUGGCUUUUCAUUGCUUAACUGCAGAGAUAGUGCACACACCCAGGAGGCUGGUUCAAGUGCAAACCCUUUUCAAGUGGCUGUCUUGGGCUGUCACUGCCAAGAAGCUCUCUGUCCCCUGACUGGGAUUGUGUCUGUUCCAUGCUUCUCCUGCAAUAAAGUCUGUUUUCUAUU